AGCGAGGUGCGAAAGGUGACCGCCCCAAGCGCUCUCUUCUGCUGGGACUUGCUUAUACUUUUCGGCUCUGAUCUGCUUGCAUAAAAAUACUGGUUAGUCAGUAAAUUAUUUACACAUAGGAAUGGCUCUCGCAGAUGCGAUGCUGCCGUCCAUAACCACUUUUGCAAGUAACCAGAUUUUGGAGAAAAGGCAGUGUGAAAUUGUCAACGACUGGAAAGUGGACAAGAAUGAAACGAACGCACCAGGCGAUGAUCUGAAAUCCCUCAUCGAGGUUGAAUUUAGCAUCGCUAAGUCCCCUGCGCGGAACAGGGAUGAGGACGAUCUUGCCAAAUUCCUAGAUUUGGAGUUCAUCUUGUCCAACACCGUUGCACUUGAAAGCAAUCGGAAUUGCUCCCAGUCGUCCGCCUAUCCGCUCCCGGAGUCCCCUGAGAGUUGCAGCACGGUGUAUGACAGCGACGGCUCCCACCACACGUCCAGUGCCUUCGGGGGCGGCAGCCUAGUGGCGGAGCUGCUCACGCCAGAAAUGGGCUACCAGGGAGACGCUCAGCAGGACUACAGCUUCUCCGCGGUUAUGGACAGACGCGAGUACACAGAACUUCGCGCACUCAGCAUGACAAACCCUGUCCACAUACCACUCGAUAACAUUCACCAUAUGGUACAGAAAAUCAAAACGGAAAACACCGAGCAGUCAUGCAUGAUGGCAGCUGAGUUCAUGACCCCCGUGUACGAGCAGAAGCCCCUGCGCUCCGCGCACCUGCAGCAGCUCCAGGGCUACCUGAGCCACGGCGCGCCGCAUGCUCUGUCCCGGGACGGGAUGAUGCGCAAAGACUGCCACCUGGCAGAAGUGCUCCCGCAGCACCGGCCCCACUUCAUGGCCAAUCCCCAAUACCCAGCCCAGUACCAGCACCAGCACCAGCAAAACACGUCGCAGUAUCAGGGACAGUACAACAUGUUUGCGGAGCCCAUGCGGCUUCACCACCCCGGCAUGAUGCUCACUCCGCCGUCAUCGCCGCUUCUGGACUUCUUCUCGCCUGACGAUUGCAAACCCAAACGGGGGCGUCGGUCCUGGGCGAGGAAGCGCUCGGCUACUCACAGCUGCGAGUUUCCGGGGUGCGGAAAGACAUACACCAAAAGCUCCCACCUGAAAGCUCACAUGCGGACGCACACAGGUGAGAAACCGUACCACUGUAACUGGGAAGGCUGCGGCUGGAAAUUCGCCAGGUCGGACGAGCUGACCCGCCACUACAGGAAGCACACGGGCCACCGGCCCUUCCAGUGUCACUUGUGCGAGCGGGCGUUCUCCCGCUCCGACCACCUGGCUCUGCACAUGAAGCGGCACAUGUGAACCGCGCCUUUUCUCCUCUACAGAAAACCCGAUGUAAAUAUACGGACUAUGUAUACGUAAAUUAAGGCAGUAUUUAAUGACACUCCACUCUUAUGAAAUGUCUUCCAUCGUAAGUUAUUGAAAAUGAAAACAGACAGUGAACAUGAAGAUGGGCAGGACCCUUCAGAUAUUUUUGUAAAUAGAUUUUUAAACGCAGGCUAUUUUCUAUGAUUAUUAAUUCUACCUUUCUGGGUAUUUUUGCCCCAGAUCAGGGAAAAGUAAUAGUAUUUACUAUUGGGGAAAAAACAGCUGUGUUGCCAAAUAAAUUCAGUAAAUGUAUUAGGCCUACACUAGCUGUUCUUGCUAACAGCACGCUUCAGUGUCCAACUUUUUUUCGUAAAGGUAUUUAAGGGCUAUUAUGUGAGGUACUGGCAGACUGCCAUUUAAUAAAGUUGCAUAUGCUUUUAUAAAGCCUGUAUGUUAGAAGAUUAUCUGUAAUUGUUCUUGAAUUUUCAACAGCAAUACCAUCCCUAUGUAACUUUUCUGUAAAGUGAUAUUGCUCUGAAUGACAGCUGCAUAAAUUUAAUUGUCAAAGUGUUUUAUGAGAAAAAUAAAACUAAGUGAUUUUUAAAAAA